AUGGCAAAAAUGGUGGUGAAGAGGGUUGGAAACAAUCUUGGGGGAGGGAAUCCAUGGGGUAGCCAUGAUGCAAAUGUGCAUUAUUGGGAAGAUUCCAAAAUGCAUCAUUGGAGAACCCAUAUGAGACAUGCCAAUGAAGAAGCAUUGGAGGGAUCUUAUAUGAAUGAAUUAAAGGAGGGGAUUCAAGCAAAGGUGGUUUUGCAUAGUUCAGGAUAUCUGGGUACACUGAUGAAACAAGUGCAGAGGGUGGAGAAAUCAAGUAUUGGAGGAAGGGGAAGAUGUGCUUAUGAAGAGUUGGUUUGGCCUUUCAACAUGAGAAUAUAUGGGGAGGCAGUUCUGUCCUGGAUAAGCAUGAAUGUGAUGAAGAGAUUCAGAAAGCGGUUCUACUCUUCAAGUCUGGCUAGUCAAAUUGUGGUGGCAAAGAAGUUGACGGCAAUGAGAUUUGUCUUUGCCUAUGGUGGGCCUCUUGCUAAACUCGGAAGCAUUCCCUCGAGUGUGUGGUGUGGUGUUGCUGUUCCUACACUUACCACUGCACCUCUUUUCUUUCUUCUGCAUUUCUCAGCUUUGCCACAACCCCACGUCGCUUUCAAUUCCCCAAAACCCAACAUCAUCAUCAAAAUCUCAUAUCCCACAGAGAUACGGUGA